AACGUCAAAGAGUGAACGUUGUGGUACCUCAACCUUUCAUAUCAAUCGAUGCAAGAGGCUGUUCGGGGAAACAGCUCCUGUGACGUUACGAUGAUGACGCCCGACAAUCGUGUACUACGAAGUACAUAUAUAGAUAGCAACGGAGCUCACCUGGGCAGGGACUCGUUUAGCAUUUUAACCUCAUCGACUUCCUUAGCACACUGCACAGCACAUAUAAAUCUCACAUCAGAUUGAUCGUACCUUAUUCCCUAGUCUGCCGUAAUACCGCUUUGAUUGAUCAGUAUCACCCAAGCACCAACAUGUCCAACACCCACGGUUCUGCUCGUAUCUAUGAGCAGGGAGAUCAGGUAAACUACCCGCGGUCCAAUGUGGCAAACGAGGAGAAGCACCAUACGAUGAGCGCCGAGGGUUAUAGACCCAAGGACCAAAACAAAGCUAUGAACAAAAUGCUUGAGGAGAACAUCCAAGACGAAGUUGCUGAGAAAUACAAGCACGACCCCACCUAUCGUGCGACGAUGCACGGGAAUGAACCGUCGAAGGGCGCAAAGAUCGACGCCGAGAUCCAGCGCGAGGAUGAGGAGCUGAUGCGAAGGAAGCAGGAGAAGACCGAUAGCUUACCUGGGAAGAAAUGAUUGACUGAGCUUUAAAGUUCAUGGGAGGAUAUUGUCAUCCAUAAUAGUUACUUAUCCGCAAUGAAGUAUCUCAAUAGGUAGGAAAAAAGGGGUCAUAGAUAGGUAGGUAAAUAUCCUACCGAAUUACCUUCGAUUCCCGGAUGUCGAGACAUGUGCAAGUCCGGGGUUGAUUGUGCAUAGGCUCAGAGCGCACCAUCCGAGGGGUGAUUAUCAACGGAAUACCCAUUAUCAAGGCUAUUCUUGCCCUUUCCUCUUGUAUGAUUCGUUUCCUCGUAACACUCGUCUAGCAAGUUACCGUAGAAAGUUUAUGCAAGCUUAACUUUAGCUCGGGAGAGAAAGUUGUUGGAUAGUGGAUAAGAAUGAAAAGCUUCAGUUAAGCUCUGAUUUUCUAUUACGUAAUCUAUCACACAAAUUGCUUAUCAGUGCAGCAACGUAGGUGCCGAG